AUGUCGAGUGGAAUCAAAGUCUCGAAUCGCGACAAUCCCAUCGUGUUUUUUGACAUUUCUGUUGGAGGCAAAGAAAUUGGCAGGCUAAAAAUGGAGCUGUUUCGUGAUGUGUGUCCAAAAACUGCCGAAAACUUUCGUCAGUUUUGCACCGGAGAGCAUAAAAAGGAUGGAAUCCCCGUUGGCUACAAAGGUUGCCUCUUUCAUCGAGUUAUCAAGGAUUUCAUGAUCCAAGGAGGUGAUUUUAUUAACUCGGAUGGAACGGGCCUGACAAGUAUUUACGGUGGAAAAUUUAAAGAUGAGAACUUCGUGAAAAAACACGAGACUGCUGGUGUUCUGUCCAUGGCGAACUCUGGGAAGGACACGAACGGCUGCCAGUUUUUCCUCACCUGCACAAAAUGCGAUUUUCUCGACAAUAAACACGUCGUCUUCGGAAAAGUGAUUGAAGACGGAAUGCUGAUCGUAAGAAAGAUCGAAAACAUCCCCACUGACGGACAAAACAAGCCUCGAGUUCCUGUUGUGAUCACGCAAUGCGGGGAGAUGUGA